CCCAUGUUCUUAUUUUCUAAAUUUCCAUUAUCAAAAUAAGUGAACAAUGGUCACUUUGUGAUUCAGUUUCCUUAUGUCAUCUGUUAACAAACUGGAUGUUUUGUAGAAUCCAGGAAUUCAGAAUGGCCACCAUUUUUGAAUUUGUCUGCCCAAAAGUUAGGUUCCUAAAUCCAUGUCAAGGCCCCGAUUCUGCAAUGACAUCUGUGCGAGUUCAGAGAUCCACCUGCACAGAUGUCAUUGCAAGACCUGGGCUGUAAGCCUCUAAAUAGAAGUGGCCUGAUUUUUUCAGAAAUGUUGAGCAAACCAGCUUCCAUUUAAGUCAAUGAGAAUGUCAGAUGUUCAGUCCCUCAGAAUAAGGGCUACUUUGCUUAGAUGCCUAAAUAUUGAUUUAGGAGUCUAACUUUAGUCCCAUAGAUUUGAAAACUUUGGUCAACGUGUUUCCCAGUCACAGUGAACUAGUUGUACAGUUUUGUCUAUGGGUUUUUUAAUGAAGAUUUGCUGCAGUAAAAAUAAGCAGAAUACAUAAUACACUGCAUAAAGUAAGUGUGCAUGCUAUGGAGUGUAGUCAAAUCUUCUUAUUGCUAAUGCAUCUAAUUUUGUCUGAAGCUACUAGAGUUACAGUAGCUCAGUUAAAAGACAACUCAAGUGCCUUGGAAAAGGCAUAUAGGUAGUUUAAAGUUAAUACAGUUCUAUGCAGGGGGAGCCUGUUUGCUGAAACUCACUGACUGUAGAUGUGUGUGGAGCCCUAUGCGGAUACACAUCUGAUCGGGAAUCUGCAAACAUGGUCUGGGGAUACUGCAGAUUUGCAGGGCUCUAGGAGUGUGCUGCUUGUGAAAUUUACAGGGAAGUGAAAAUAGGAUUAUAGAAUGGAAUGUCUUCUGCAUUGCGAGGCUAUUUCUAGACUUCUUUCUGAUUCAGUUCCCAUCAUUGCUAAUUUUGGCAUAGCUCCACUGAGUGGAGCAGUAGUAUAGAUGCAGCUUCAGGUGGUUGCCAACAUUUUAACCAGUGUCUAAACCUGAGUAGGUGUUGUAGUGCUUCUGGCAACUUGUCUAUGAGAGUGCAAUUAUGGAACCUUCCCCCUCCGUCCUCCCCCCCCCCCCCCCCGAAAAUAACCUUCAUGUAGAUGAGACCUAAAAGGCUCGAUCUUAAAUCCUCAAAGUUAUCAAAUUAUUUCCAAGUUCCCCACAUUUAUUUAGUGCAUCUAACUACAUCUACUUCUGGAGAAGAGGUACAAAAGUUAAAUUCCAGAGGGUUGUUUUAUUUGAUUUUGUUAUGGGCUUCAGAACAGAACAGACCUGAGGAAACUGUUGGAUAAACAGAAGGCUGGCUGCCAACACAGUUGAACAGAUACCACUGAUACUCUCUGAUUCCAGACAAGAUGAACACAUUGUCAUUGCUGCUAAGAUUCCCUCACUACCGUUUUCUUAGAAGGAUUUCUUUCAAAAGCUUCCACUCAAAUUUCACUCCGGGAUCAUUAUUUCCAUAUAUUCAGUCUUUUAAUUCAGUAUGCUUGUAUUGUACAAAGUGGAUGUUGCCAGCAAGUGAUUUGAAAAGAGGGAUUUGCUAUCAGGCAACCGUAGACCAACAAACACAGGGACUUUGUGACAAGGAACAGAGACUUGUAGACAGACUUUAUAGUGGAUUAAUCCAAGGACACAGAGCCUGCUUGGCAGAGGCCAUUACUCUUGUAGAAUCAACUCAGAGCAGGAAAAAGGAGAUAGCCCAGGUGCUCAUUCAGAAGGUAUUAUCCUACCACAGAGAACAAGAAAAGUUAAAUAAAGGAAAACCACUAGCCUUUAGAGUGGGAUUGUCUGGUCCCCCUGGUGCCGGGAAAUCAACAUUUAUAGAAUGCUUUGGGAAAAUGCUUACAGAGAGGGGACACAAAGUGUCUGUGCUGGCUGUGGAUCCGUCCUCUAGUACAAGUGGUGGCUCACUCUUGGGUGAUAAAACACGGAUGACUGAGUUGUCGAGGGACAUGAAUGCUUACAUCAGGCCAUCUCCAACCAGGGGAACGUUAGGAGGUGUGACUAGGACCACAAAUGAAGCUAUUCUGCUAUGUGAGGGAGGAGGCUAUGACAUCAUUCUUGUGGAAACAGUAGGUGUGGGGCAAUCAGAGUUUGCAGUUGCUGAUAUGGUUGAUAUGUUUGUUUUGCUGCUCCCACCAGCAGGAGGAGAUGAGUUACAGGGUAUUAAACGGGGUAUAAUUGAGAUGGCAGAUCUAGUUGCUAUAACUAAAGCUGAUGGGGAUUUAGUUGUGCCUGCGCGGCGGAUACAAGCAGAAUAUGUUAGUGCUAUGAAACUACUUCGCAAGCGCUCUAAGGUUUGGAGACCAAAGGUAAUGCGCAUGUCUGCUAAAACUGGAGAAGGCAUUUCAGAUAUGUGGGAUAAGAUGACAGAAUUUUAUGAUCUCAUGCUUACAAGCGGUGAAUUGAUCAACAAACGACGGAAACAGCAGAAAGUGUGGAUGUGGAAUCUAAUCCAAGAAAAUAUGCUGGACCAUUUUCGGAGUCAUUUAGCAGUGAGGGAUAAGAUUCCACUUUUAGAAGAAAAGGUUCUCAGUGGUAUCUUGGCUCCAGGGCUGGCAGCAGACCUAUUACUGAAAGCAUUCAAAGACAGAUCUUAAGAUACCAUGUUCUACUGUGUCAUUGAUCAAUUUGCACAAAUUAUUUAAACAUUAAAUAAAAUUUUCC